ACCCCACCCACCUCAGUGAUCCCCAGUGAGUGCGAGGGAAAGCAUCCUCCGCCCGAAGUCCUGUUUCCUCCCUCCACCCCUCCGUCAAAUUCCACUUGAGGACGAGAGUGCGAGGAAGGAAGAGCACGCCACUGCCUGCGUCGCAAUCAAGGGGCUACAGAAGUUUCGUGCCUGUGUCAUCUAUCCUGCAGUUGUUAGAGUACUGGAAUCGUAUCGCCGAGCCACUUACCGUCGAGCAAGUGGCGGGAGUAAGUCGCCUCAACCUCGACCAAAGUGACAGCAAGAUUGAAGGAAGAUUAAAUGACAGGAAGGAAAAGUUACUAGAGACGAGAAGACUGAGAGGCGACUGGCAAAGAAGGUCAGAGGAGGCCGCUGCGGAGGCUGGUAACCAAACACACGACCUCUUGGAAUGUCAUCUCAGGAGCCGAAUUGGACACCGAGAGCAGAGUGAAGCACAGCAGGAUCUGGAGGACAGAGAGACUGCAGCAGCAACAGCAGCAGCAGCAGUAGCGUCCGCCGCCAGAAUAACAAGUAAUAUAUGGAAAAGAGAGAGGCCAGAAAACAAGCUGUUUGAAGUGACUUACCGAGGUUCCCAGGCUGUCCUUCUGGUGAGCUGGAGGGAUCUCACUAUCAGACGAGGGAAACGUCUCGCUCCGGCCCUGACCAUGGAAGGGGAAGUUUUAGCCGGCAAGUCCUCAGGGACUCUCCUUCGUGUUUGCUGCUUAAAGGAACACAACUUAUAAUAACAGAGUGUAAGUAACUCAGAAUAUUAUUGUGAUUGAUAGACGCACUUUUGGAUGAUUCAAAACAACGAUACCAAAGAUUUUCUUUAGUCUGACGAAAGAGAAGCACGAAGUAGCGAUAUCAUAAAUCGUCUCUGAAAAGUGGAAGUUUCUUUAACUUUGUGAGCGUCCUGUGAAUCAUUGAUCGGGGCAACUGACUGUGACACAAACAGGUGAACAAAACUCUGACGAAAUACAUUCAGAGCAGCCGCUGUGUGUCGCGAGAAAGGUCACCCUCCCCGAGCCAGUUUUCCUCAUUUUAAUAAGCAACAGUGGUACGCCGCCAACAUCUCUAGUCCUCCUUUCCUCCUACAUUUCCGCAUUCUCAAGCCUCGCGUUCCCCUCCCCGGCAGCGUUUAUAGGUCCGUGUGUCGUCCUGCCCCCUCCCUGCCACACGGGAGAGUCUGAGUGCCGCGCGUCCCUGAGUACAAAGAGGCAAAGCAUGUCUCACUGGAGCAAAAUUACAACUUAAGUUUUCCCCCUAACUACUAAAGAAAACUAGGAAAGUAAAGUUUCAGCAAUUACAAGGUGAAGUUACUGACGUCGCCCGCUAUACGAAUAUCAACAACAAUCAAGACAACUGACAAAAUACAAACGCGACACCGCAGUUCUCCUCGGACAUUAGGUCAGGAGCGAUACGGGAGAGUGAGUGCGAGAGAUAGAGAAAAGAGAGAGGGUGAGAGAGAGAAAGAAGAAAACAAAAAACCGAAAAGUUGCAUAGAGUCCUCUCUUCGUGGACGUUCCCCCUCAACUUAUACUGUAGUCCUCAAAAGUUCACUUUCACCUGAAUUCACCUCAGCUACAGACCCUCCCUUUCCUAUCCUUCCUAUCCCUUCCCUUCCCUUCCCUUUCUGCCUCGCCCAGCUCCACCGUGUCCGCCUCUCGCCCCCACCCACCAUGGCGAGCAAGCGAGUGGACUGGGGCCGCUUUGGUCUGGCUUCCGACGCUGAACGGGAGGCUUCCGAGACCACCCGCCUGAAGGACCCAGCGCUGGAGGAAGGGUACUAUGGAGGACAAGACGCCGAGCUGUUUGCUGAGGAAAAGGGUGACGUGCCGUGGUGGAAAAGCACUUUCUUCGUCAGUGAGCGAGUGCUUUUCGGGACGUGGGAUGGCGUGUUUACCUCGUGCUUCGUCAAUUUGUUGGGUGUGAUCGUCUUCCUGCGCGCCGGCUGGGUAGUGGGCGAGGCGGGCGUCCCUCUGGCAGCCCUCGCCAUCCUCGUCUCAGUGGUGGUGGUGCUGACGUCCGUGGUGUCAGCGGUCGGGAUCUGCGAGAGGACGAGGAUGGAGAGUGGCGGCAUCUACUUCCUCAUCUCUCACGUGCUUGGGUCGCAGGUGGGCGGAUCCGUGGGACUCGUGUACUGCUUCGGACAGACUGUGGGCAUCUCCCUCUGCGUGACUGGCUUCGGGGAGUCUAUGGCUAAGCUGCUGGACCUUCGCUGGAUGUGGGCGGAGGAGGCCAUGGGCGCGGCGGCUCUCCUCCUGCUGGCGCUGAUUAACGUGGCGGGCGUCAAGUGGGUAGUAAAAGUGCAGUUCCUCCUCCUCCUGCUGGUGCUCCUGGCGGUCAUAGACUUCCUGGUGGGGAGUUUCCUUAAGCAUCCAGAAGAAGCUGGAGUGACGGGCUGGUCUGCGGUGACCUGGGCCAACAACACCAGGCCGGGCUACACGGAAGACAACAGCUGGUUCACGGUACUAGGCGUAUUCUUCCCCACAGUGACGGGCAUCAUGGCGGGCAUCAACAUGAGUGGCGACCUACGGCACCCCGCGAGGGACAUUCCUGUCGGGACACUCUCCGCUCUCAGCCUCAGCACGGUGUUGUACCUGAUGUUCGCAGUGGUGCUUGGCGCCACCGUGGAGCGCAAGGUGCUGCUCACAGACUACAUGAUCACCGAGAAGGUCUCAGCGCUGGGCGUGUUGCUGCUGAUCGGCCUGUACACCACCACCCUCUCCUCAACCCUCGCCUCCCUGUACGGCUCCCCUCGCGUCCUCCAGUCCAUCGCCGGGGAGAAAGUGGUGCCCUUCCUCUCCCCGUUGGCCAAAGGGAAGGGACCCAACAAAGUGCCGGUCAUCUCCCUGGUGGUGACGGUAGUGGUGACGUUGGUGUUCCUGAUGAUAGGCCGCAUCAACACCUUGGCGCCCAUCGUGACCAUGCCCUUCCUCGCCACCUACGCCACCAUUGACUACGCCUACUUCGCCCUUGCCAUGACAGCCGACAUGCAGAGGAAGAGGGAGGCUAGGUUCAGGGGCCAGGCUUUCGGAACGCCAACCUUCGACUCGCGGGGGACUGGCGGCAACACGGACCUGGACCACCUCUUCCCCGAGAGAAUCACUCACAAGAAGGUCAUCACGACGGCGGCCAGCUCGGGCACCUCUAGCGUGGUGUCUUCCCCUGAUGAUCACUCCAGCAUCAAGUCUGACGAAGACCACCUUGGCAAGGAGGAAGGUGGCGUAAGCAGCAGUGUGACCAGUGAGGGAGGAGCACCGUCCCCCGGCGGCGUUGGGGGAGUGAUGGGCAUCUCCAGCAAACCAACACAGUGGUACUACCACCUGUGUAACCGAUGGCUGUCCCUUAUUGGCGUAGGUGUGAAGUUGGCCAUGAUGCUGUGUGUGCACUGGGCGUACGGCCUGGCCACGCUGCUCUUCAUGCUGCUGAUCUACGUGUACAUCGGUCAGGCAGCGCCUGGGGGACCUCCUGGCAUCGCGACUGAAUUCGUCUUCCUCUUGUGGAUCAAGAACAAAUUUCUCGCCUGCGUCGGGCAGCGGCCGUCGGAAUAUGACCAGGUGGUGGUGACGCCGCUGCACCCCGGCGUGGAAGUCACGGCCAACCAGCUCACUGAGGAGAACGAGGAUUUCGCUGCAAGGUCCCGUUACCAUCAAUCAGCUCCGGGUGGAGCGCUUCCGGAUAUGCCUAAGCCUGAGUGAAGCCCUGACCCGCCUCACACUACCUCGCCUCACCUGUAGGCCAGCAGAUGCACCUGGUCAGCUUAAUUACAGACGCCCGUAUCACCGAGCGUUGAACUUCAUUACUGACAUCACAAAAACCCUUUUGAUGGGAGGAAGGAUGUCACAAAAAACAUCAUCGUCGCCUGUAUUCUGCUUCCUUCAGCAACAAUCCCGGUGAUAUAAACAUACACGAAACCACGAAUCACUAACUAGUAACGAACCAUGCCACGCCUCCCUUACGCUGUUCAAGUCUCAUAGAAGGAAGGCUACUUAGUACGUCGUCCACGGCGCCAGAACAGCGUCCCUUUGCUAUUAUAGUGUGUGUGUAUAAUUCUUAUCAUCGACGAGAGCGAGCCUAGUCCAUCGAAUCCGUAGAGGUAGACGGUAAUUUAUUUCAAACAAUAGAGACUCACAUCCCCUCUCCCCACCCCUUUAAUCAUUGAUCCACUCUUUACCGUCUGAUUCCCAUACUCCAAACACUAAUUCUGUAAUGCAGAGUUAUAUUCAGUCUCAUUCGUACAUCCAUUCUUACCAAGGUUCCCUCACUUGCUCAUAUUCUGACAUAAGCUGAGUGUGUCAAUUGUCUCUGAAGCCAACAUGUGAAGCCAUCCGAGGUUAGAAGAGCGAGGAACCAAAAGAGUGAGGAAGGUUUGUGCGAGUAAUUAACUUGUAUAGGAAGGACAAGAAAAGAAACAAAAAUCACGGGGUGUGCGACUGUAAAGUGUAGUACAUUAUCAUUAUUUUCUUCACUGUAUUCACUUCGUAUGUUCGAUAACAACAAUAACAACAACAUCAACAACAGCAGCAGCAGCAGCAGCAGCAGCAGCAGCAGCAGCAGCAGCAACAACAACA